CGGAACUCAACUUUCUCGCCGCAACUCGCUGUUCAAGUUGCAUCCCAGCUCACAAAAGCCCAGGCAAUUAUGCUAGACUUCGGGCUUCGCGCUAUUUCCCGAGCGGCGAGGUUUACAAAGCCAACAAACAGGCGCCCGUGGAUAUGUUCACCAUGCAGAAAUUCGUUCCGUCGGAGACCGCAAUGGCGGGCUCUCAGCACAGCACCGUCACAGGCUGCCGAUAAGAAGCCAUUUUAUGUCACGACGCCUAUAUUCUACGUCAAUGCCGCUCCGCAUGUGGGCCACCUAUAUACCAUGAUAGUCGCAGAUGUGUUGAAACGGUGGCAGAUUCUAUUGGGUAAUACGGAUGCAAAGCUCCUUACGGGUACGGAUGAGCAUGGGUUGAAGAUUCAACAAGCGGCGGCCGCACUCGGGAUGACACCGCAAGAGCUAUGCGAUCAGAACUGCCUGACGUUUAAGAAUCUUGCUAGAAAAGGAAAUGUGGAGUACGACCAUUUUAUACGGACGACGGACGCCGAGCAUAAGGAGGCAGUGCGCUACUUUUGGGACAUGCUCAACCACCGGGGCUAUAUAUACACGUCGAAACACGAAGGAUGGUAUUCCGUCAGUGACGAAGCAUUCUAUCCUCCCUCAGCAGUCCAGCCGACCCUUGACCCGUCAACAGGACGGAAAAUAAUUACGUCUGUUGAAACCGGGAAAGAAGUCCAGUGGACGUCAGAGGAGAAUUAUCAUUUCCGGUUAUCGGCGUUCAAGGAGCCAUUGCUUGAGCAUUUCAGGAAGAAUCCCGGGUUCAUCACGCCGAGAAACUACAUGGAUGGAAUUGUAAGCGACGUCUCGUCGGGACUACAGGAUUUAUCGAUUUCGAGACCCGCCAGUCGGUUGAAGUGGGGAAUUCCAGUGCCUUAUGACGAGUCUCAAGUCAUUUACGUCUGGUUGGAUGCGCUGGUGAACUACAUAACAUAUGCAGGAUACCCCUUCCCCCAUGGUUCUAAAUCGAUUUGGCCGGCAAAUGUGCAUGUAGUUGGCAAAGAUAUACUGCGAUUCCAUUGCAUAUAUUGGCCCGCAUUCCUGAUGGCAUUAGACCUUCCACUCCCUCGCCAAAUCCUAGCACACGGUCACUGGACAAUUAACCAUGAGAAAAUGUCCAAGUCCACUGGCAACGUGGUCAAUCCGAACUUUGCCAUUGAACGAUUCGGCAUCGACACGAUGCGCUUCUACCUCACGAUUGACGGCGCUCAGUCCUCUGAUUCGGACUAUGAAAACUCCUAUAUCAUCGAACGGUACAAGAAGGGCUUGCAGUGGGGCAUCGGAAACCUUACGAGUCGGCUUCUGCGGGGGAAGAAGUGGAAUGUCAGAGACAGUAUUGUCAUGGCGACUGAGGGCCAGUUGACAAGGGAUAAACAUCACGAUCUUCUUGAGAUGAUACCGGAGCGAGUGAAAGCGGAGAUGGAGCAGCUUGACCCGCGCAGGGCGCUGAAUAGUAUUAUGGAAAUUAUAUACCAGACAAACAAAUACUUCCACGAAAUGCAACCAUGGUCCCUCGUGAAAAACCCCAGCGCCGACAACCCCAACCAACUAAACGAUGUACUAUACACAACUGCAGAAUCGCUCCGCAUAGCCGGCAUCCUCUUGCAACCUUUCAUGCCGCAGAAAUCCUUGGAGUUGCUGGACAUGCUCGGUGUUGCGGAAGUUGAGAAGCGCAAUUUCAACGCUGCCAAGCUCGGAGCGGACCGUGACUACGGAGUUCCCCUUGUGGAUCUCAAAGAGGGGACAACCGGCACCUUGUUCCCUCCGCUUAUAAGCGAGGCGUGAGUGGCGGUGAUAGGCGAUCUUCUGAUCAAUACGAUGGAUUAACACUCGGAGUUGAAUGAAUGAAAAAUGAAAAAUGAAAAGAAAAGAAAUCAGGUGAUUAGGGAGACAAGAAAAAAAAAGUAAAGAAAAGGCAAAAUGCCAAUGGUUUCUCAUGCGCAUGUGAUCCAAAACCGUUGAGCCUCAGCCCAGGUCUAGAACGGUCGGACAGACAUCAUCUUCCCCAGGCGGAAAAAAAAUCCUCGAAGUUUUGAAUAUGGUGACAAUCCUUGAUUGCUACUACUAUGGUGAUUGCGACGCUUUUCCACUUUCGACUCCUCGGUCUAGCUCUUCUGUAUAGAGUACAGAUACCCCAGGGAAACAAUCCCCUCAUGCUUGGCUUGGUUGUAUGUGCAGUACAAGGCUCCCGGCUGGAACGUGGCCGCCGAUUCAGUUUUACGCGAUCCACGGCCAAACCAUAUGCCUGCAUCUGAAACCCCCUUCCUACUUUGUAUCAUAUUAUUCUACUCUAGAUAUACUUGCCUGCUUGCUGUCAGUCAAAUCCAUUACGUAAAUCAGAAGAAAUGCUCGCUCAAACUAAAUCACUAUGGCCCAUCAUUCUCUCAGCCGAUUUCAUUCAAGAGAAACAACUCCUUUUCCUUUGGAAUCGAUGUGUCUUGAUAUAGUACAUUGUAUGUAUGUACUAUACAUACAUGUGGCAGGUCUGCACAGAUUCCAGUGCCGGCAAUCAACAAUUAGGAACCCAUCCGGCAGUC